CGCACUCGCACUCGCACCAGCAGAGACAACCCAGACCACACUCACCGACGAGGACGAAAUCGAACUCCGGUUCCGGGCAAGACAACAAGCACCAUGGCCGCCCCCCGAGACACAAAUCCCCCCCAAGAGGAAUUGAGAGCGAUCCACCUGGCGACCAACCAGAAAAUGGUCGAGAAAUACCACGCGCAGUUCCYCAAGAUCCCCUCGAUGACCUCGGAAGAACUCGUCGAGCGCUGGAGGAAGAUCGACGAGCAGGAGGACAGGCGUGACGACGCCUCCAAGAACGGAGACGACCGGGUUUCCUUCGAGGACGAGGUCGGUCCCCUCUUGCUCAUCGACGUUCGCUCGAAGGAAGAGCGUUCCGUCAGCAUGAUUUCGGGGGGGCUCGCCAUGGACGAGCUGGAGACCACCCGGUGGAUCAACCACUACGUGCACAACGUCGAUGGAAGCUACACUCCGGAGAGCAAGGCCAUCCCCACCAUUGUGUUUUACUGCACAAUAGGCUACCGCUCCGGCCGAGAGGCCCAGCGCCUCGUCGACGACCUCUCCGGAACCUWCGGGAUCGAGGUUGGCAAGACGGUGGAGGUGAAAAACCUGGACGGAAUCCUGGCCUAUUCRUUUGUAGAGGAUGCUCCCCCACUCAUGUCGUCCAACAAGUCUACCCAGACCAGUUCCGACUCGUUCAUGACCAAGCGGAUCCACUCCUUUGGGAAGGAGUGGUCCGAGGCCGCCAAUCCCUCCUUUGAAGUCGUCUAUUUCAAAUCCAAGCCGCGGCUGGCGAAGCACUUGUUGCAGGUGGGGGUCGCCUCGGCCGUUCGAUCCAUCCAGCACACGAUAUCCAAGACCACCGCGUGGGCAAAAGACACCAGGGUGGUUUCGAAAACGUCUGCCGAGCCGCCCGMGGCCUCGGGAAGCGGCAGGGAGGGACCCCGGUGCGCCAACCGAAUCUCGGCCACCGGGUACACGGCCAACGAUGCGACGAGGCCGCCCUCCCCGCCCACUUUUUAGAAGCGGAAUGCGAUGCAACGAAUGCGAUGCCAUAGACGAGAAGAGAGCGCCGAGCACGGACGGAAGCAAAGUCUCUGCCCGCGGCCGGCCAAAACAAUUUAGAMAGAAUACACGUGCGCAACCAUGCUGUACAUAAGAUAAAAGGGAUUUUUUUUCAAAGAAACUGACGAGACCUUUUUGAGUAGCCCAGAGUAAAGCCAUGCCGAAGGGAAAGGGAACACAGUUUCAAAAGCUUAGUUGUAGCUUUGUGUAGGAUUCAAUAUUCAUGAACAAAGACCAGAAACGAYGAGCCAAUCGUCAAACGAACCAAAGAGUCAACCAGUAGGCUUUUUCUUGUUUGAAAUUAAGGCAUAGAUCGCAC